CAGGACAGAAGAGCAGGACUGGUGCUGAAUUUCUACAACUGUCACCUCAGACUUCUGUCCCCACCAUGGCUGCAUCCAGCUGUGCUCCAGAUGACUUUUCAUGCCCUGUGUGUUUGGAAAUACUGUGUGACCCAGCGACGCUUGCUUGUGGUCACACCUACUGCCUUCAGUGCAUCCAGAAGCACUGGGAUAAAGCUUCUGCAAAGGGCCAGUACUCCUGUCCUCAGUGUAGACAGGUGUUCAAACCCAGGCCAUCUCUGGGAAGAAACAACAUGCUGAUGGAAGCCAUGAAGAAACUGAGAGUAGGAGAACAGGACAAGUCCUCACCUCUGUGUUCUUCACUAACUCCAUGUGCUGUAGUGUCUGUGAACCCUUCUCUCCAGCCAGUAGCAGGAAUGUCUGAUGGAGCUACAGUACCUGAUGUAAAAACAUCAGUGCAGGGGGGAUUAUAUCCUCAGCUUCCUUCCACUUCAAUCAAGCUGUGUCCAUUACACAAACAGGUGUUGGAGUUCUUUUGCUGUGAUGAUAAAGAGAGUGUGUGUGAUGAAUGUAGCCUCGUACAACAUAAGGGCCAUCGAGUGGUGCAUCCAGAUGAAGAAAAGGAGCAAGUGGUGUCAAAAAAGAAAGCAAAGAUACAAAGAAGUAUUCAAGAAAGAGAGAGGUUGAUUCAGACACUACCACAAAUUUUUCAAGCUAAAAAGACUGCCAUUCAGGGGCUACAGACAGAGAAUCUGCAGGUUUUUGAUGAAGAAAUGAAGAGUUUGUUGUUGAUGAGAUCACAAGUAAUGGAACUCCUUCAAGCUUAUGAGGCCUCCAGUUAUAAUCGUCUAGAGAGCCACCGCUAUAGACUACAGGAGGAGAUCAGCCAACUAUACAAAGAAGAUGAAGAGCUAAACAGACUAACCAACUCUCAGGACUCCAUUCGAUUCCUAAAUACACUUGAUACCACAGAUGGUGAAGAUGUGGUUGGAAAUGUACAGCUGGAGAUCUUACCCCCAGAGUCAGUAGAGUCUGGGAUCAGAUUAGCUCUUGGUGCUUUCAGAGAGGGGCUGCAUGACCUUUGUAAAGGAAGUUUGGCCAGUAUCUUCAGAGUUGUGAAUGAUGCAGAAAAAAUGGCAACAGUACUUAAUGCUCAGGCAUCAGAGAAAUCCCCCAAUCCCAAUAAUUUGCAGGCUGCUUCUCAAAAUACAGGUAAUCCAGCUUUCUCUUUAGCUCCUGAAAUGACACCUGCAUCUAACAACAGUGACGACAAACCUAAAACCACAACACUUCAGCAUCCUGCAGCUUCCUCUCCAAAUUUGGAGAACUUGACUUCCAUAAGUAUGGAAAUUCCAACACCUGAAUCAAGAGAGGAAAUGCUGAAAUUCCGCUUUGAGCCCACAUUGGACCGCAACAGUGCUUAUCGUCACAUCCGCUUGUCUGAUGGAGAUCGUAAGGCCACUCUGCGUGCAGAAAAUCAGAAUUACCCAGAGCACACUGAACGCUUUGUCUACUGGAGACAGGUCAUGUGUCGGGAGCCUUUGGCAGGAAGUCCUUACUACUGGGAGGUGGAAUGGACAGGACAGAAGGUCACUAUUGGUGUAACCUAUAAAGAGAUUGGGCGCUCCACAGCGGAUGACAGCUCCAGACUGGGCCAUAAUGAGUACUCAUGGAGCCUGUACUGGUCAGGCACAGCCUUCUCUCUGUGGCAUGCAGGACAGGAAACUGUGCUAGCUGCUCCUAAAGGCCGGCGCAUCGGAGUCUAUGUGGACCAGCAGGCAGGUGUCCUGGCCUUCUACAGGGUCUCUCACAACCAGGCCCACCAGAUCUGCUGUGUCCAAACUGAAUUUAGCGGAGCUCUCUACCCUGGGUUCCGUUUCUGGACUGGUGUGGGUUCUACCAUCAACAUUUGCCAGCUCGGCUGAGUGAUUUAAGAUCCUUAUUUGAACCUAUUUGACUGAUGCUGCACUGUUUGACUCUUAUUUUCUUUCUCAGUUAAAUGUUAAAAGUACAAAGACCUAUGACUUUCAUGUGAGUGAAAUUAAUUCACCACUAGAUGUUGCUACAGGAAUACAAAUCACAGAGACAUUUCCUAUGUAUAAAAAAAAAAAAAAAAAAAAAAAACCCCUCAGGAAUAGAUCACUCCAUCUGUGGCUAUUUCAUGGUUUAUAAAGUACAAGGGUGUGGUGCUGGUGUAAUUAUUGGAAACAACUACAGACGGGCUGACAAAGUAAAGUAAAAAAAUGACCGAACAUUCUUUAGAAGAUUUGGGGUCACCACAAACUGCCAGAAUAGCGUCACUGCAACAUGGCACAGAUCUCACAGCUACAGGUCUCUGUAACUGAACAUCAUUCUUCCAAAAGAUAUUGCAAUUGCAGAAUGUCUCCACCCUUCUGUAUGAAUACACAACCUACUUAGUGGCUGCUUUAACUUAAAUGUGUUUGGUAUAUGAAGUUAAACUGAUGAAUUUGUCUGGAGUUUUGGUUUGAUGAGCCUUUAAAUAAUAAAUAAGUACUUCACUUA